ACGCACCAUGCGUCCAGUAGCUCGCCGCCACCUCGGCCUCGCGGCGGCCGCGCUCCUCGCCGCCGCCCUCCUGCUCGGCGCGGCCGCGCCGGGCGCCAGGGCGCAGGAGGAGACGGAGGACGAGCACGAGUUCAGCUACGCCCGCGGCGACGAGCACGGGCCGGAACACUGGGGCGAGAUCAAGCCGGAGUGGGCGGCGUGCGGCGCCGGGCGGAUGCAGUCGCCCAUCGACCUCGCCCACGAGCGCGUCUCGCUGGUGCGCUCCCUCGGCUACCUCGACCACGCCUACCGCCCCGCCGAGGCCUCCAUCGUCAACCGCGGCCACGACAUCAUGGUGAGGUUCGAGGGCGACGCCGGCGACCUGGUGAUCAACGGCACGGCGUACAACCUGAAGCAGCUGCACUGGCACUCGCCCACCGAGCACACCGUCGACGGCCGCCGCUACGACCUGGAGCUGCACCUGGUCCACGAGAGCGCCGAGGGCAAGGCCGCCGUGAUCGGCAUCCUCUAUGAGGCCGGCGACCGCCGCGACCCGCUCCUCCACCAGAUGGAGCCGUUCAUCAGGCGGAUCGCCGACAAGCGGGACCGGGAGGAGCGCGUCGGCGUGGUGGACCCCCGCGCCGUGCGCAGCAGGGCCAGCGUGUACUACCGGUACAUGGGCUCCCUCACCGUGCCGCCCUGCACCGAGGGGGUCAUCUGGACCAUCCUUAAGAGGGUUCGCACCGUGUCCAAGUACCAACUGAAGCUUCUCAGGGACGCUGUGCACGAUGACAUGGAGAAGAACGCGAGGCCGCUUCAGGAGGCCAACAGCAGAGACGUCAGCAUCUUCCAGCCUAGCGCCCGUAAACACUACUAGGUCCCCGUUUCCGGCCGGCCUCAUCCCUAGCUUCAUAGUGAUGUACGGGCUGACGUGGAGGCGCCAGUAGUACUGUAGUACCUCAGAAUAGUGUGGCUCAUGAAGAUUUUUUGUAAUUCUUUCUAUUUCUGUGACUUUAUUUGCUAUAUGCGUAAAUGAAGACAUUACUUCAUGUCAACGUUGAUGGGCUUGAUGCAUGUUCAUAGAAAACUACAUAUAUGUCCAAAUGUUAAUGUGGUAAUCGAUUUGAUUA